AUGUCCCAGUCUAGAAUUCAAGAGCAAAAAAGGGCGGUUGCAGCGUCAGCUGCCGCUCAACAAAGUGACAACAUAGCGCAUGCAUUAGCUGGCGCUGGCGGUGGCGUUCUUUCAAUGGUCUUGACCUAUCCUCUCAUCACACUUUCUACAAGAGCACAGGUCGAAUCGAAACGUGCCCAUUCUACAACCAUGGACGCCGUUCGCCGCAUUGUCCAGCGUGAGGGUUUCAGUGGACUGUACUCCGGACUUGAAUCGGCACUGUUCGGCAUAAGCGUUACUAAUUUCGUAUACUAUUACUGGUUCGAAUGGACUCGUGCGGCCUUCGAGAAAGCAGCCGUGAAAGCUGGUCGUGCAUCCAAGAAACUCACCACGGCUGAGUCGAUGAUCGCUGGGGCUAUCGCCGGAAGUGCAACUGUCCUGAUCACCAAUCCCAUUUGGGUCGUGAACACAAGAAUGACAGCUCGCAAGUCGGAUGCGGAGGAUCAGGCAUUGCCUGGUGCGCCGGAGAAGAAGGCACGGGCUUCGACCAUUGGCACCUUGAUGGAUCUGCUUCGACGGGAAGGGCCUACGGCCCUUUUUGCUGGAGUUCUUCCGGCGCUCGUCCUUGUGAUCAACCCCAUACUGCAAUAUACCAUCUUUGAACAGCUGAAGAAUAUCGUGGAGCGCCGUAGACGCAUGACGCCUAAGGAUGCGUUCUAUCUGGGCGCUUUGGGCAAGAUACUGGCCACCACGAUCACCUAUCCUUACAUCACAGUCAAGAGCCAGAUGCACGUUGCAAGCAAAGAUGGUCCCAAGGAGAGUUUGAACGGAAGCUUGAAGAGAAUUAUCAGGGAGGAAGGGUACACAGGUCUAUACAAAGGAAUUGUUCCAAAAGUUACGCAGAGCGCGAUUACCGCGGCUUUCCUUUUUGCUUUCAAGGAUGUUUUGUAUGAUAUGAUGGUAUCGGCUCGGAAGAGAUCUCGACUAUCUAAAUAG